UCUGUGCCACACCGACCAUGCGAUCCCUCAUCACCGCCCUCCUAGGCUGCGCAGUCCUCACUUCCGCCGCGAACCUCACCAUCUCCAUCCCACCCUCCCAACAACUCCCCAACCCCGCCGUCCUCCCCCCCUCAACCCACGCCGUCCUCCUAGGCCCACCCGGCGUCCGCUACGAUGCUUCCAUUCGACGAGACAACACAUUCGUCUUCACAGAUCUAGACGCCGCGAGCUACCUCCUCACCCUCCACACCCGAGACUUCUUCUUCGUACCUUUACGAGUCGACGUAUCACAACCUGCCGUGGGGGAAGAAUCACAACUCGUGGAAGCAUGGCAGACAUUUCGCGGCAACGAGUGGAGUAACAAGGGACCGUCUUAUGGGACUGGGAAGGGAGCACUUACGGUGCAGAUGCGGCCGAGUGCGCCGAAGGAGUAUUAUCAGGAGAGGGGAGGGUUUAGUUUGCUGGGGUUCUUCAAGAACCCGAUGAUUUUGAUGGGAUUGUUCUCGGUGGUGUUGAUUGUGGGGAUGCCGUAUUUGAUGGACAAUAUGGAUCCGGAGAUGAAGGAGGAGUUCGAGGAGUUGCAGAAGAAGUCGCCGCUGGGGGGUGGCACGAAUGUUGCGAGUCAAUUGCAGAACUUCGAUAUGGCGAGCUGGAUGGCGGGCAAACCUGCUGAGAGUGGGAGCUCGAAGAAGAAGUAA